AUGUAUCUCAACCUCGCCCUCCCCGCGCUCCUCGCCGCCCGCCUCGUCGCAGCGAUCGACUUCACCGACUACGACCCCCAGCCGGGCGUCCAACCCGAGUUCAAGGAGUUCCUCAACGCGCAAGUCUCACAAAACAGAGUCACCUCCUUCCGCAAAUGUACUGACCUUCAUGUUAGUCUCGUCACCCCGGCAGAGGAUCCCACCGCCACGACGGCGUACACGGAUUUCUUCACGCCCGACGGCAUGCAGACGACCCUGAGCAUCCACUGCGUCGGCGCGGAGGCGAUCACCAAGUGCAAGCAGCGCUUCCUGCCCACCGACGGCAGCAUGUCGCUCACACAUUUCCCUAACACGACUUUCGUGGCGGAGAACAACGCCACGGCGACGGUGUAUGAGGCGCAUGGUCGUAUUGAGAAUAACUUCAAGGUAGGCAACUGCUCGCAGAUUUACUACAAGACACAAUACACGGUUCUCAAGACGAAUCAGUCUGUUGAUGCGGCGCCGAACUUGUCGACGAAAGCUGAGCAGCAGGUUUACUGGUAUCAUGAUUACUUUGUGAACCCUACGGGCGUGCCAUCCGAUAUUCCUUGCGAUAGUCAGAAGGCGUAG